CCGCGGGUGUGGGGCGUGUCGACAAUGCCCGGCGACUUUUCGGCGACGAUGCUACAGUACAACUGCGGACUCUGAGACAUGCUCUUCCACCAGCAACAAUCAUCGCUGCUAUUCUCCUGCUCAUCUCCCAUCUCCCAUCUCCCACCUCUCCCACCUCUCCCACCUCUCCCACCUCUCCCCAACUCGGGCAUCGCAGACCGCCGCCCGCAGACCGCCGCCCGCCCCCAUCCCCUCGCCCCCGCUCGCUCCCUACCUGACACUCCCACCUCGGCACCGCUACCCCGACCAGGUCUGAUCAGGCAAGCGAGCAGCAUCCGGCGCGGCGUGACGCGCCCGAGCGACCGCUUGGCGGCGGCCGGCGGGGGGCUCGAGCUGCGGGGCUCGCUGUGGCCGGCAGCAGCGGGAGCGUUGCAGCGCGGGAGAUCGACGGCGAUCAGUUGGAAAUAGGGAAUAGAAAUGAUUAGAAAGGGAAGACAAUAUGGGAAGUGCGGGAAGAUAAUGAUGAGACGGCAUGCACGGGCGCACAGGGAACAGGGACCAGGGCAGAUCCGGCAGGCUUCGGUUUCCAGAGGGAGGGGGAUCAGCGGAUCAGCGCGAGUCGUGCAGAAAAAAGUUUGAGCGCGUCGGGGCGUGUGUAAGACGCUGGGAUAUGCUGGA